AUGGGAAGUUUCUAUGGUUUGAUUCUGGGAGUGGUACUACUAGUACUUGCAGGGUUUCUACCAUCUUCUUCUUCCUCCACCACCCGGCGGUUUCAGUUCAAUGUUGAAUUGAAGAAUGUAACCCGCUUGUGCCAUACAAAGCCACUUCUAACAGUGAAUGGCAAAUAUCCAGGGCCAACCAUUACUGUGAAUGAAGGUGACAAUGUGGAAGUUCAAGUUACAAACCGUGUUGUUAGCAAUACCACCAUCCAUUGGCAUGGAAUAAGGCAGCUAAGAACAGGAUGGGCUGAUGGUCCGGCUUACAUUACACAAUGCCCCAUAAGAGGAGGCGAGAGAUAUACAUACAAGUUCACAGUGGUGGGCCAAAGAGGCACUCUCUGGUGGCAUUCCCAUGUCUCAUGGCAAAGGGCAUCUGUGCAUGGUGCUUUUAUCAUCCACCCUCGGAUGCCAUACCCUUUCUCUGUUCCAAUUCAAGCUGACAUUCCCAUUCUAUUUGGUGAAUGGUGGAAUGGAGAUAUAGAUGCUAUUGAAAAGGACAUGAUGCUAUAUGGUAGUGGGCCUAAUUCCUCAGAUUCUUACACCAUUAACGGCUUCCCAGGACCCCUAUAUCCCUGCUCUAUCAAAGAUACUUUCACAUACACAGUUGAAAGUGGCAAAACCUACAUGCUUAGAAUCAUCAAUGCAGCACUUAACGAUGAGCUAUUCUUUGCUGUGGCUAACCAUACCCUGACUGUUGUGGAGACUGAUGCAGUCUACGUAAAACCCUUCACAACCACAGCCAUAAUGAUCACCCCCGGACAAACCACCAAUGUUCUUCUCACUGCAAAUCAGGUCCCCGACUCCACUGGCAUGUUUACUAUGGCUGCAAGGCCAUAUCUCACUUCACUUUUCCCAUUUGAUAAUUCAACCACUCUCGGCUUCUUGAAAUACAAAACCACAGGGAUCCAAACAAUAAAGCCCCCUGUUGGACCAUACAGGGUCCCUUACAACCUUCCUCAAAUGGAAGAUACUCCCUUUGCCACAAAAUUCUCAGAGAAGCUUCGAAGCCUUGCCACUGCUGAAUACCCUUGUAAUGUGCCAAAAAGGAUUGAUAAACGAGUGAUAACAACUGUUGGCCUCAAUCUCCAAGACUGUCCGGCUAAUCAAACAUGCAAGGGGUUUAGAGGAAAGAAAUUUUAUGCUUCAAUGAACAAUCAAUCGUUUGUUCGUCCUACCUUGUCGAUAUUGGAAUCCCAUUACCAGAACCUCACCACCAGUGCUUAUACAUACAAUUUCCCAGACAAACCACCACAUGCUUUUAAUUUCACUGGCGCAGAUCCUUUAGCUGGGAACUUGAAUCCCGAGUUUGGUACAAAGCUUUUGGCGGUGCCUUACGGAACCAAGUUAGAAAUUGUGCUGCAGGAUACCAGUCUUCUAAAUGUGGAAAACCAUCCAAUCCAUGUCCAUGGUCACAACUUCUUCAUAGUGGGAAGGGGAUUCGGAAACUUUGAUGCUACCAAGGAUCCUGCUCAUUACAACCUACACGACCCUCCAGAGAGGAACACGGUGGCUGUCCCAGUUGGGGGAUGGGCUGCAAUUCGGCUGAAUGCAGACAAUCCAGGAGUAUGGUUCAUACAUUGCCAUCUUGAGGAACAUACAACAUGGGGUCUAGCCACUGGCUUCAUAGUAGACAGCGGUCCAGAGCCAUCCCAGUGCUUGCUCCCACCCCCAGACGAUCUUCCCUCAUGCUGA